GGUCAGGUCAAAGAGUCAAUAUGGAUAAGUCUUCCAUUUUCUUCUCCAAGAACACAGCUAUUAAUAUUAGGAAUGAGAUCUGUAGUUCUUUUGCUAGGAUUUCUUGUGUGAAAAGCACUAAAUAUUUAGGUCUACCAUUAGGAAUUGGGAGGAAAAAAAAAAAGAGAUUUUCAGAUAU